CAUAUUGUUGGUUCAAUAAAGUUCUGGGGGGGAAAAAACACUCAGGUGGCGCAUUCCCUGUGACGUCAGACGGGCACGUUCCAGUGUUUUGUUUGGCGCUUCUUCUCUGAAAGUAGCACUUCUUCACCUUUGUGCGUCGUUUAGUUUCCAGCAGACGGCAAACAUGUCGGUUAGCGACAUGUUUACUCACAUCCAAGGCUCCCUGGGCGCAGACCAGGACGUGCGAGAGGAAAUCCGCAAAGUGGUCCAAGUCCUGGAGCAGACAGCCAGGGAGAUCCUGACAGUUUUGCAAAGUGUGCAUCAGCCAUCUGGAUUCAAGGAGAUUCCUGACAAGUGUACAAAGGCCAGGGAGUUGUUCUGCUUGGUGCGAACUCACAUUGCUGACUUGAAGACCAAGUUUCCAGUGGACCAGUACUACAGGUUUCAUGAACACUGGCGCUUCAUCCUGCAGCGUUUGGCCUUCCUGGCGGCCUUCACAGUCUACCUGGAGACUGAAACACUCGUCACUCGUGAGGAAGUGGCUCACAUUCUGGACAUUGAGGUUGUGCGAGACAAAGGCUUCCACCUUGACGUGGAGGACUACCUGGCAGGGGUGCUGAUCAUGGCCAGUGAACUUUCGCGUUUGGCCGUCAACAGUGUGACGGCGGGUGACUACACUCGCCCGCUGCGCAUCUCCAGCUUCAUCAACGAGCUGGACUCCGGCUUCCGCCUCCUCAACCUGAAGAACGACCCCCUUCGCAAACGUUACGACGGGCUGAAAUACGACGUGAAAAAGAUCGAGGAGGUGGUCUACGACUUGUCCAUCCGAGGCCUGGCCAAAGAGACCGAGGGAGAGAAGUAAGUGCCAUCGGAUCAAAGGACACUAUUCCAGGUUCUGAACGAGGGCCCAAAGACAGACUGGGUGUUAAUCCUUGCUCUAGUUCAGAGGUGUCUAAGAAAAACCCAAUAAAGGAGUUCUUGAUUCAAACAGUGGCAGGACUUUAGACAGCCCUGCUCUAGUCCCAGGUCUGGAAGUCAGGUUGCUGUAGACUGGCGCCCUCUGAAGGUUUUGUUCCUAAAAUUGUUUUUUUGUAAUUCGCUUUGUGACUUUAUUUGCUAAAUACUGUGUCUUGUAGAGAAACAAACACCUGGCGUUCUGGUCUGCCUGUGGUUUCUAGUGCUAGUUAGACCUUGUUUUCUGUAGUGUGUCCCUUCUUCACAAUUAUAUUUCUAUACACAACACUCAUUUGUCUUUCUUCAAGACUACAAACACACACUUUUACAAUGUUUUAAUGACUCACAAUAUAUUACAUUGGGUCUUAGUGGACAUGGUACAUGAAAAAUAACAAGCGCACAGUAGUGUUGGUGUGAUCCACACAACCGCAUCACAACACUUGGACCGGAUGUUCCCACUGUUGCCUAGAAUGCAAUCAUGUAAACUCUCUCAGCUGCAGCGUUCAAUAAAGUGCAAGAAACAAAAUAAA